UAUUAAAAUCAAGUCCACCAAGCUCCUUCUCCCUGCCACCAACCCUAAAACCCUACUAGGUUAUACCAGCCCUAAAAAAAAUGGCGAUUCUCUCUGUCGCCCGUAGCCGACACUCGCUCCCACCCCGCUUCAUAGUCAGCUGCCUCUCAAAAAGCAACGCUUCCUCCAUUACUGAUGACACUUCCUUAGCCUCAUCUGCUUCUUCACCGCUUUCCCCUUCCGCCGCCAAGUCCCUCCUUCUCAGGGAGUACGAUCCCGACGAAGCCCUCUCCAUCAUCUCCUCCGUCCCGAAGUCCUCUUCUUCCCCCGCCUCUUCCCGCUUUGCCUUCGAUCUCGCCGUCCGCCGCCUCGCCACCGCCCGCCGGUUCGCCGACGUUGAAUCCCUUCUCGAGUCCCGCAAAUCUGAUCCUGCAGCUGCUCAAGAAUCUUUCGUAGCAACCGUUAUUCUAGCCUACGGCUCCGCGCGCAUGCUCGACCAUGCUAUCUCUACGUUCGAGGACGUUUGCCGCCUCUGCUCCACCCCUCCCACGACUCUAUCCUUCAACGCUCUCUUAUCAGCCGCCGUGCGCGCCAAGAAGCACCGCAAGGUUCGCAAGCUCUUCAAAGAGCUAUCCGAGAAACAUUCCAUUUCCCCUGAUGCGGUCUCCUACAGCAUCCUAGUUAAGGCCUUAUGCCUUUCCGGAAAGGCUCAUAGAGCCCUUGAGAUUCUCAAGGAGAUGGAAGAGAAGGGCUUUAAGAUUACAAGUUUCAUCUACACGACUCUUCUUGAUUCGCUUUACAAGAAAGGAGAGCAAGAGAAGGCCGAGGAGCUCUGGAAUGUGAUGACGGAGAAAGGUUGCAAACCAGAUUUGGCUACUUAUAAUGUAAAGGUCAUGCAGAAGGCCCUUCAUGGGAGUCCAGAGGAGGUGCUAGAGUCCAUUGCAGUGUUAGAAGCUGCUGGGUUGAAGCCAGAUGAGAUCACAUAUAACUAUCUCAUGACCUGCUACUCCCGGGCUGGGAGAUUUGAUGAUGCGAUUGAGGUUUAUAAAGGUCUGAAGAAUAAGGCUUGUGAGCCGAAUGCAGCAACGUUUAAGAUUAUGCUGAAUUGCUUUUGUGAAAAAGGGGAUUUUGAUGCUGGCUUUGAUCUUUUUAAGGACAGCAUGAAGCAUAAUAGGAUUCCUGAUUUCCGGACGCUCAGGCCUUUCGUGGAGUGGUUAGCAAAAAACUCGAAGGUAGAGGAAGCUAAAAUGGUGAUCAGUGUGGUAAGGCAGAGGUUCCCUGAGAGUUUGAUCCGUGGUUGGAAGGUGGUUGAGGAAGAGCUUGGUUUGAGUACAAAUAGACAAGAUUUUGAUCAAGUUGAAGCUGCUGAAAGCUGAAUUGUUGAAAAUGCAGUAAAAAUUGUGUUUUCAUAUGAUGAUGGACUGGUGCAUUAACAAUUCACAUAGGCUGAUUCAGGCUUUGUUGGAAAAUGCGGGUUUCUUAAAUGUAUUUGUGAUUGGCCUCCUUCAACGAAGAGGUAUAUGGUUUUGUUUCUGCCAAGCUUUUUGUCAUAUUAUUUAUGUUAACUUCACCUGGUAUUGUGGCAAUAAGUUAAUAUUUUAAUUA